AUGGAUAGGGAUCUCAAUCACGAGUUGACCGGUGCGGACACAACUGUCCAGAAGCGGACCUUUCAGAAGACACAUCUCAAGAACUUUAAGCUCGAGUCCUAUAAAUCAAAACUUAAGGAGAUUUUGUGCUCCAAGUCUACGGACAGCGACGGUGUCGACGAUACCCCGCGAUCUGAACCAGAAUCAGGUGUUGUCGCCGGCGAUGAUAAUGUCGUUACCGGUGAGGAAAUUACUGAAUCCAAUGAAUGUCAGCCAAAGGCCGAGGGUUUGCCGCAAACGGAAAGCGUUUCGACUAAUUAUGAAGAGGCGGAGGAAUACCAGAAGACCUCUUCCAACACCAGUUGCUGUACUGAAGGUCCGGAACCGGAAGAAUGUGUGGCAACAGAUCAGAUCUUCGGCGGUGAUCGGCGCGAGUCGACUGCCGCUAAUGGCAGUCAUUACGUGAAUGUUGAGCGCAAUAACGCCCGCCGUUUCGUCGGUUCUCUCAAACACUUUUUGCCGCAACUCUUGUCUCUGCGGACGUCCGUCGAGGCCGACCACGCGUUACAAGUGUUUUCCUCCGACUACUGCACCGAUCUAUGCGAACAACAAAAACUUACAGCCAGUACUAACACUAACGGCACCGGUAUUACUACCGACAAUGAGCGCACACAAGACAACUCAUACAACCAAAUGCCGCUAAUUAUUAACAGCGAUGGCAUCUAUUUAGCCACUUAUUCGCAAGAAUUUAUUGAUGAGAUUCACAGCACCGGUAUUCUUGUAUACAUAUCUGGCUAUUGGUUGGCAGAGCUCUAUCAGACUGUUUUAGCCGACAAUCUAUUAGAGAACGCCGGCUAUCGAUACGGAGAGCACCAGAAUGUGGCCCUCAUUAACAUCUUAACAGGAUUGCCGACUAAUACCUAUACAUCUGUGGUAGACAUGGAUGGACUGGACAGUUGCGAACCGGGAGCUCAACGACUGUCCGAUUACCGGCGCCUCGAGAAAACAGUCACUACUCGAGUGGACCCGGAAAUGGAUGCCGAGCACAGAGCCGCCGCUCAUAAACUGGUGCGCCGGCUAUUGACAGCCUUUUGGGACACAAUACUCGGUUGUUUGGGAACAGUAUUUCGAUCUGACCCUGGUAUCAAUAGUGAAUUGAGUGCACUGUUAGGGAACGACACCAAAGCAAUGGUUGCCAGGAAAUCUAUGAUCACUUCCAGUUUAGAUGGUUUACAAAUGGCAGCUAAACUGUGCAUAGAGUUGGGCAUACAGUCCCGGUGCGAUACGGUGUUUGAGUUGUUGGCCUUUUCGGUGAUGGACUCCAGAGCUGAUCCGUUGAGCGAUUGUUCGACGAAUAAACGAAAGAGUGGACACAAGAAGCGGAGUGUCAUCGAAGUCAUCAAAAAUCGUUUGCCAUUCAGUUUACACACAUCUCAUGUGUUGAGUCUUCAGGUUCUCUUAAGUUGUGGUCUUGAAAUGGGCAGUCAUUGUCCUGCCUGUUGGCCAUACCUCUUCCGGUGCUGUCAGUUCAUCACCGAAUUAGAGCACAAUUACUUCCACUCGAGACACUCUUCCCUCCUGAGCAGCACCCGUACGUCACUCUCAUCCCUCAUCAAGUCAUCGGCAGCUAAACAGUGUGACCCGUAUGUAACGGCCGGCGCCGACACCACAUCAAUGCCCGGACUCAAUGAGUUCGAAGAGUUGAAUACUGAGACCUGUAUUCGCGAACUGAUCCAAGAGACCACUUCCCAGACCAACGAUUGCGUACUUAAAGACCGCCAAUUAGAGCGAGUGUUAGACAUAUUGUCUCAUUUGGUGGACCUAUUGUUUGAAGACGCGGCCAAUCAAUUGAAUCUGCGGUCACUUCAGGGCUUCCUUCAGGAGUUAUGUCUCUGUAGUCGAGAACAACUGUCCAAUCGAUCAAAGUCGGAACCCAAUGGCGGACACACCUUCUCAGGGAAAUCACUGCUACUGUUCCGUCUGUCAGAUGUGAUACUACGUACGGCACGCUCGGGUCGACCCGUACUCCACUUCAUGAGCUGCUGGUCCCCAGUGGGCGCCCACCUCACCGAAGCGGCCGCCCAUUGGGACCCAUUGGUGGCCAAGAAGUCGGUGUCUACUUUGCACGACAUAAUCAACGUGUUUCUGGGGGCGCACCCGGAGUUACCGCACUUCCACUUCAACGAAGCCCUGUUUAAGCCCUUCGAGAACCUACUGGUGCUCGAGAUGUGCGAUACGGACGUACAGGAGCUGGUCGUCAGUUCCAUCUGCGAGUUCGUUGAGGGGGCGACCGAAGACAUCCGCAGUGGUUGGCGUUCACUGUUUGGAGCCCUCCGGGGCGUACGGUUGCCCUCAGGCCGGGGGUCAGUUCACGGGUCGAUGGGCUGCGAUGCUAAGGAACUGGAGGCUGAACGGGUCCGCCAGUUGCGCGUCAUUUUGGAUAUAUUUGAAGCCUUUUUAAGGACGGAUAACCUCCAGGUGUUCGCCAACGCAGCCAUAGACUGUGCGUUGUGUCUGAUUAGACUCAUUAAGACACAGCAAUCGAUGCCGAUUGGCGCACAUUUAGAUGAGUCUAAUGGCACGGAAUCGGCGCCCGAUUUGUGUCUAAUUUCGUUGAAAUAUUUGCAUCAGUUCUCAUCGAUGUUGCGGUCGAUGUAUCGAAUGCCUGCCUGUCCUCUGUUCUCGGCGCACAAGUUAAGGCACACGACCAGAGUUAUAGAUACUAGCCAUUUAAUAGAUACCGGCGCUGUUGGUGAUAGAGAGCUGCCAAUUGUGAUAACUUUAGAGCAAAUGGACAGACCUAACAAAAUACUUCAUAUUUGGUUCCUAUUAAUCGAUGAGUUUUUACAAAGUGUCCAAAAGUGUGACCAAAAGCACUGCACCACUGCUAUUGAAAUGGUGUUUCAAUGGCUCAAUGAUCUCAUCGAAAUACCCGAAUAUCUGGAAGCGGGUCAUACGUGUCCACCACCACGACCCGGCUCACUGUCCACUCUUAGGCAUCUAUAUGGACUCACAGCUGAUCUUAUAGUGAAUAAUAUCCGGCAAUUGAAUAACGAGUCAAAUGGUUGUGAUUUAUCCGAUAAUCCAAUCGUUGGCAUCGAUUUAAUGCUCAGACAAUCGCUGUUAGUAUACAUCGAGACAUUAAACGGCGAGUACCCUGAGCCUAUUGCCAAACUUAGCUGUGCCUGCAUUCGACAUAUAUUGUUAUCAGUUGUCAAUCAAUUCAAUGAUAACUUAUGGCAAAUAACUAUCGAUUGUCUGGCGAUUGGCCACAGAAUGACAUUACACUCGUUGCAGACAUUAGUUAAUGUGUUUCAGAAGACAAGCAAUCACUUUCUGGACGAUUUGGAUCAGAUUCAAGUGAUUUGCAAACGCAAUGUCAACCGUAACCACGAGGACAGCAAUCACUUGUGCCGAUUAGCGCAUCAAAUAUUCCUAUUGGAAGCCCAGAGGGGCACCGGUAGUGUCAGUGGUGGUGGUGUCGACACUUGGAAGGGUGUGUUCGAUGGCGCCAACAAUUCUGUAGUCGGAGAGAACCGUUCGUUCAUUUUUGUGAUCAAUUCCGGUGAUAAUCCUCAGACUGUGUCGUUCCGAGUACUGGUCGUCCAACUGACUGCCCAUUGGCUGCUAUUGCAGACACUGUCGGUCCUACUUCUGAAAGGGAUCCGACCUCUGAUGCCAAACCUCGAGGUGUUAGCGGAUUCGUGGGACGAGUCGUGCAAACCCAGUGUCCGAUCUAUGAGUGCUAACCAUUGCAAGGAUUUGUUGUCACUAUUGGGCCACACGUAUAGAAUCGCCUUUAAGUUUGACUCAAAACCGAGUCUUAAGUUUUUGAUACAAAAGAUGAGUCGAUCGGAUGUGCCGUCAAAUCUGUAUCAGUUCUCAUCACUCGUAUGGUCCGUACACUUCUGCGUCUGUCUAUUCCUCAGCAGCUGUGACACCGCUGACGGACACGAGUUUAGCGAUCGUUUAAGAAAAUCAUCGUCUGAUUUGUGCCAAACAUAUACACAACGGGUUAAGAGUAUUGUCGAGAAGAACCGGAAGAAUGAGCCCACGAUUGAUAAUAUCAGCCGUCAAUCGCUUCAUUUUCUUCGCGCUUCUAAUGAAGAACUGCUUAAUAUUAUCACUACUUAUAACAUAAAAAGGAGUUCCGCGGCUCAGGUAUCCGACACGAAGAUAUCCAAUAACGUGGAGACAAUUGAGACAAAUAAUGAUGAAAUGAAUGUUAAUUAUCAUUAUUUGGAUUCGAUGUCCAAAGGAUUAAGUGAUACUCAAUGCGAAGAUGUGUUUGAAGAUGACAUCCAAGUGUACGGUUUGGUGACUGAGAGACGGAAGGAGUUAAUGAUGGCUGAGUACAAGAAGUAUAAGACACAGCACUCACCUCUCCCUCCGCCGACACCGACCGGUGCUGACCAUAAGAGUAUCUCCGAAUCCAGUGGUGAUCCCAAUGACAAAGAAAGAGAGCGUUUUGUGUUAAUGGACACGGAAGCCUUCACUGGCCUCUGGAGUGAAGUCAUAUCGUCGGCACUUGAUCUCCAUUUAGGUCUUUCGGUAAUUGGAUUCAAGCGAUUGGUUCCCGAGUUAUUGCCGUCAAUACAAGAAUUGGUUGUCAAUUGCGAUGAUAAUCGUCUCAGAAGUCGGAUCUCACAAUGGAUUACGAGAAUGGCGGAGAUAUUUGUCGACAAAAAUGAAUGA